AUGAGUUAUCUGUACGCCAAUGGUAUUCAUGCUACUGGCACUGUACGCAGGCAAAGGGCCGACUUACCUAAAAUUGUGAAGAGCAAAAGAAAACUGAAAUUAAAAAAAGGCGAGUAUAAAUGGAGAGUAAAAGGAGACGUAGCUUUUGCGAUCUGGCAGGAUACAAAGGAAGUUCUAUUUUUGACUAAUGGUUUCCACCCAAAAGUCAAUGAAACAUCCGUAACCAGAACACAAAAGGAUGGUACGAAGGCUGAACAUCGAUGUCCUGCAUUAGUAUUGUUGGAACGAGAAGAUAAAGAACUUCCUAGUUAG